GAGUAGGAGGAGGAUGAGGAGCACAGAGUGGGAAAGAGGAGAAGAGUGUGGAGGAGAGAGGGAGGGAGAGAGAGAGCGCAGUUGAGCAGUUGAGGAGAAAAUGCCGUGUUUUGUGGAGAGAAUCCUUCCAGGGCAGGAGGGAGAGGUGAGGCAGAGCGCGGAGGGCGGUCUGCUGCCAGCUGAAAGGAGUUUAUGCACUGAAACGACCUCAGGAAAAUCCAAGAUGGCCGCCAAAAGGAAAGGUGGCCUAAAACUCAAUGCUAUCUGUGCCAAGCUGAGCCGCCAGGUGGUGUUCGACAGCAGCUCCCAAAAUGCAGAGGGAGACCAGAGCGUGGCUGAAAACAGCGAGCGCGGCAGUUCCCACUAUGAUGACAACGAGACCAACUUCCGCGAGAGCCUGAGCUUGAGUCAGAGCUUGGAAGAGGACCAGAAGAGACGCGAGGCCAUCGAAAAGUGGGUGAAUGGCGAGUACGGUGACGAGCCGCAGACGGCCGAGGGCGGAGACGAGCAGGAGCACGAGCUCCAAGACGCCGACGAUGAAAACCCCCCUCCCGAAGGUGUCUACAUGGUCCAGCCCAAAGGUUGCAGCGACGAGGAGGACAAUAACGGUGAGGAGGCGGAGCCCAUGGUCGGGUCUCAGGAUGGCAGUUACCACGACGACAAAGAUGCUGACGACGGGCCUCCCAAGCCUGACGCCUACAUGCCACCGAGCGAGGCCCCCAUUCGCCAAGCACCUUUCUCCUCUCCAGGAGAAGCAUCUACUCUCCGAGACUAUGCAGCCAACACAAUGAAUGAAUUUUUGGGAAUGUUUGGCUAUGAUGACCAUCAUAUGCGGGACGAGCUAAACAAGAAGCUCAGCUUUGAGAAGAUCAAGGCCGCUACCUCAGACCCCUCAUCCCUCAGCAGCGAAGAGGCCUCUCGGCGAGCCCGCUUCUCCAAAUAUGAAGAGUACAUUCGAAAGUUAAAAGCUGGUGAGACUCUACCUUGGCCCAUGCAUGCUUCCCCACCAAAACCAGAUGACCUCAACUCAAAACUGUCCCAAGACAAAAGUCCAACCAUGCUCCAGACCUCCGGGGGCCUCCCAGCAGCUGAGGCUCACGUCUACCCCACAAGCUUGGAUCACAAGCAGCAAGGAGGAGCUCCCCUGGCUGCCGCACAGCCAUCUAAUCCCUCUCACCUGCAGAACAUGGCCUCCCGGGCCUCCAAGUAUGACUUCUUCAUUCAGAAACUAAAAAUGGGUGAGAGUAUACAGCCCAAUGGUAAUGCUUUUAAACGACCCUCCAAAUAUGACCUGGAAAACGUCAAAUUCCUGAACCUUUUUAAACCGGGUGACGGCAGCCCUGACAUGGGCGGGGCCAUCGCCUUUAAGACUGGUAAAGGUGGUCGCCCUUCCAAAUAUGACAUUAGAACAAUCCAGAAGCUGAUGCCGGGAAAUCCCGAAGGCUCACUGAUGCCCAACAUCCUUGCAACCACACCGGGUAACCCUGGAGCUCCAGGUCUCCCCACCAUUGGUGCAGCUGGGGCCAGCAUUGCACCAGGACUCACCGUGGACCAGACGGGCCAUAUAAAUUUCACCACAUCUGACUACCUAAAGUCCAGCUUCUCCAAGACUGACUCCAUCACCACUGGCACUGUGUCCUCCGUUAAGAAUGGCCUGCCACCAGAUAAACCUGCCAGCGACGACGUCAACCUCUACCAGAAAUACAUCGCCAGGUUUUCUGGAAGUCAACACUGUGGCCACGUGCACUGUGCCUACCAGUACAGGGAGCACUACCACUGCAUGGACCCUGAGUGUAACUACCAGAGGUUUACCAGUAAGCAGGAUGUGAUCCGGCACUACAACAUGCACAAGAAGAGGGAUAACUCCCUGCAGCAUGGUUUUAUGCGCUUCAGCCCUCUGGAUGACUGCAGCGUCUACUACCACGGCUGCCACCUCAAUGGCAAAAGUACACAUUACCACUGCAUGCAGGUGGGCUGUAGCAAGGUGUACACCAGCACCUCAGAUGUCAUGACCCAUGAAAAUUUCCACAAAAAGAACGCCCAGCUGAUCAAUGAUGGCUUCCAGAGGUUCCGUGCGACUGAGGACUGCGGCACAGUCGGGUGCCAGUUUUAUGGCCAGAAGACGACGCACUUCCACUGCAGGCGUCCCGGCUGUACGUUCACCUUCAAGAACAAGUGUGAUAUUGAGAAGCACAAGAGCUACCACAUCAAGGAUGACGCCUAUGCCAAAGAUGGCUUCAAGAAGUUCUACAAGUAUGAAGAGUGCAAGUAUGAGGGCUGCGUGUACAGCAAAGCUACCAACCACUUCCACUGCAUCCGCUCGGGCUGCGGGUUCACCUUCACCUCCACCAGCCAGAUGACCUCCCACAAGCGCAAACACGAGCGCCGGCACAUCCGCUCCUCUGGCGUCAUGGGCCUCUCUUCCGCCUUCCUGGCCCCAAAAGAUGAGCCUGAGGAAUCCAGCAACGAUGACCUGAUGGACUUCUCGGCCAUCAGCAGCAAGAACUCAAGUCUGAGUGCCUCGCCCACCACCCAACAGUCCAGCACUGUAUCCCACCUCAUGGCCACACCCACUACUGCUGUCUCCUCCUCCUCGUUGGUGGGCCUCACCCUCAAGCCUACGCCCUCGCUGCCCAGUGUGGGCCAGCGUAUGUCCAGCCUGCUGUCCCAGGCCCUGCCGAGCAACAUGCCGGUGGCCCUCUCGCUGUCCAACAGCACCAUGGCUGCUUCCAACCCCUUCUACCCACUCAUACCCAGGUUGCCUCUCCAGCCUCCUCCACAUGCUGCUGGCCUGUUAUCAGCUGUCUCAUCCGAGGCCCAUUCCAUGCCCACCGACUCGCUGACCCAAGGCUGUUCUACAGUGGGGGCGGACGGAGCCAUGGCUUCGACCCCGUCCUCCUUCUCCAGCUCCUCCAUCAUGGAGAGGAUCUCAGCCAGCAAAGGUCUGAUAUCACCCAUGAUGGCAAGGCUGGCUGCUGCUGCUCUGAAGCCUUCCAACGGACCAGAUGCAGGGAGCGGGCAACCGGUCUCAGUCAGCCAGUUUAAUCUGGCUCAAGUGAAACAGGAACCAGUAGAAGCCACCUCAGGUGCCUCACAGGAGUCCACGCAGGAACACAGUUUGGACCUGAGCAAGAAAGACAACAGUAAUGAAUCAAAUGGACAUGCUGUACCAGGGAAUGCAUCUCUUUUAUCCUCGCUUAUGAAUAAGAUGUCACAGGUGAACCCUGCACUCUUCAACGCCAUGCACCUGAAAACGGAGCUGGAGGGCGGCCAGGGCGGCGAUACCCCAGAGGCAGCUCAGUACCUGAGCCAAGUUCUGAAGAGACCCCUGGCAGACAAACCCAGCGAGAUCUGGAGGACUUACCUCCGCAGGUUUGACACAGAUGACUUUUGUGAGGCUCAUUGUGACUUCCUCCAAAAAGUGCACUUUCACUGUCUGGUAGAGGAUUGUGGUGCUCUCUUCAGUACUGUGGACGGAGCCAUAAAACAUGCAAAUUUCCACCUGCGAGCCACUCUAAAAGUGAAGUCAGAGCCCCCGUUCAGCGAGGGUAAAGUGUCCGGCGAGGGUGGUCCUAUGCGGCCCGCUGCCCCCGUCUCCAUGGCCAACAACCCCUCCAUGGAUAUGGCGCACCUCCCCUCCUCUGGUGGCUACAGCUCCCCUCCUGCCUCCCUGCUGGCCUGGAAGCAGCUGACCGGCAGCAUCCCACAGAUGCCGGCCUCCAUGCCCAACCUGCCAGCCAACUCCCCUUUGGCCACCACUUCGUUGGAGAAUGCGAAGCCCCAAUUCAAACCUGGAUUUCUGCAGUUCCAGGAAAAUGAUCCCUGUUUGGCAACAGACUGCAAGUACUCAAACAAGUUUCACUUCCACUGCUUGUUCGGGAAUUGCAAGUACGUGUGCAAGACCUCCGGCAAGGCCGAGUCCCACUGUUUGGACCACAUCAACCCCACCAACAACCUAGUCAACGUCCGCGACCAGUUUUCCUACUACUCCCUUCAGUGUCUGUGCCCCAACCAGCACUGUGAGUUCCGAAUGCGGGGCCACUAUCACUGUCUGCGGCCCGGCUGCUACUUCGUCACCAACAUCACCACCAAGCUGCCGUGGCACAUCAAGAAGCACGAGAAGGCCGAGCGCCGCGCUGCCAAUGGCUUCAAAUAUUUCACCAAGAGGGAGGAGUGCAGGCGGCUGGGUUGUAAGUAUAACCAAGUCAACAGCCACUUUCACUGCAUCCGCGAGGGCUGCCAGUUCUCCUUCCUGCUCAAGCACCAGAUGACCUCACAUGCACGCAAACACAUGAGGCGGAUGCUGGGGAAGAACUUUGAUCGCGUCCCAUCCCAGGUGAUGCCACUCGGCCAGAGGACGGAUGACAUGCAUCAUCGCUCCAGCAUGGUGUCGGGGGCCAUGGCGGCCCACUCGGAUAUCAAUUCCAGCUACUCCUCCGCCAACAUCGAGGAGGCUGACGAUUACGUCGACUACAUGGGAGGCGGUGGCAGCCCCUUGGGCAUCUCCUCCGAGUCCUCCAAUCAAGACCGCAGCUGCACCAGCACCCCUGUGGCCAAUGACGGCUCCCCAGCAGGACAAGGCUGCCCCACCACCCCUGCUGACACUAGCCAAAAUGCUCCUCCUUCCUCCCCUCCUCCUGCUCCUCUUCCACCACCGCCACUUCCACCUCCUCCUUCCGUUCCUCAAGCUGGCCUGCCGGCCCAGGCUACGUCCCUGUCUCCCGCUCUCCUCCGACCACCCCUGCCCUCGCUCCCAUACCUCCUCUCUCCAUCCUGUCUAUCAUACUCUCUGCUCAGCGCCUCUCUGGGAGCCACUCUGAGUGUUGUCAUGCCAACCAACACACCAGCUUACAGCCCCAUCAUUGCCACUCCGUCGCCGGUUAAAAAUGACGUCCCUAUAGUGCAGGACGCUGCAGGAAACACCAUCUCCAUCCCCACCGCCGCCGGUGCAAAGAAGCGCUUCUGGAUCAUCGAGGACAUGUCCCCGUUCGGCAAGCGCCGUAAGACCGCGUCCUCGCGCAAGAUGUUGGACGAGGGGAUGAUGCUGGAGGGCUUCCGGCGCUACGACCUGUACGAGAACUGCAAGGACUCUGGCUGCCAGUUCUCCCUGAAGGUGACCCACUACCACUGCACCCGUGAGAACUGUGGCUACAAGUUCUGCGGCCGCACCCACAUGUACAAGCACGCCCAGCACCACGACCGCGUGGACAACCUGGUCCUGGACGACUUCAAGAGGUUCAAGUCCACGCUGAGCUGCAACUUCCUCGAUUGCCAGUUCUCGGGCAACAGCACCCACUUCCACUGCCUGCGCUGCGGCUUCCGCUGCACCGACAGCACCAAGGUGACGGCCCACCGCAAGCACCAUGGCAAGCAGGACGUGAUCAGCGCCGCUGGCUUCUGUCAGUUCAGCUCCAGCGUCGACUGCGAGGUUCCAGACUGCAAGUACAAGCUCAAGUGCUCCCACUUCCACUGCACCUUUCCUGAAUGUAAGCACACAGUGGUGGGGAUGUCCCAGAUGGACUCCCACAAGCGCAAGCACGAGAAGCAGGAACGGGGCGAGCUGCCAUCCGUGUCGCCCAAACCGGAAGCGAUGCACCACCUGGCCUCCUCCGCGGCACCUCAAGCCUCCGUAGCUCUGAAUGCAUCCCGUGGACUGACCCGUCCCGUCAGCAACAGCGGCACCCACUGCAUGCUCUACUCGAGCACAAGCGGCGGGUUAGAGUACAACCACUCGUACCCGCCGUCCUCCAUCAGCCUGGACGGCUCCCUCAACCUGGGCGCAGACACCAGCAGCUCCCUGUUCUUCCUCAAGAACGCCACCGGUCUGGGUCUCAACGACUCUCUGGACCUGAGCACGAAGCUCCACCAGGAGGCGGCACGACACACACCCGGCCACAAUGCGCCGCUGCGCAUGCUGGCAGCUCAGGACGACACCACCGGAACAUCCGGGGAGGCGGAGGAUGACCUGUCGCCCGAGGAGGAGGCACGGGCUGAGGACGAAGAAGACGAAGAAGAGGAGGAUGACGACACUGAUGCGGAGGAAGCGCUCAACACUGACUCAAAUGAUGAUUCAGCGGCAGAGCCCGAAGAGGAGAAGGACAACAGGGAGAGUUUUAAUGCUUCCGUCAACCACACUGACAUUUCCCAACUGGAAAAACAAGAUGGCGACCCGUGAAGAAAAACUUGGGUAGAGCGACCCAAUGUACGAUGAACAAGCAACAAUGAAAGAGGCCUCAUUCAUCAUGUUUAUGUGAGACUUCACAUGACAACAAGACACAACAACAGCGAGGAGAAUAGAGGAAACAGAUGACGGCCCAAAUAUGAUUUAUGAUGAUGUUUACAAGAUGACCAACAUUAUUAAUUCAAUUAUGCAUUAAAAAAUAUGAAUGGAGAUACACGGAAUACAUGCGGGAGCGGCAAUGUAAAGUGUUUCACUACACAUCAGUCUUUGUGUGCGUGCAUGUUUGAUUUUAAUUUAUUUCUAUUUUUAUUUUUCACAUUUUUGUGUGGAAAAAAACAACAAAACUCUCUAUAUAACAAUCUGUGUAAGUGUGCGAUGAUAGAAAAGGAACUUUGCGGGCCCACACCACAUGAACUGCGAGGCCGAGCACACAUUUUAAAAACAAAAAAAGGGAAGUGAAUCACUAAGAAGGAACAGGAUGUGUUCAAUGGUUAGAUUUUUUUCCUGUAUUACAUAUAAUUAUUAUUAUUGUGAGACACCAAGGGAGGGAGGGGGGUCACAAUUCUCUCACUCUCUCUAAGACGUUGGACUCGGAGGAGGCGUGUGGAAACGACCCAUCUGGUUGGUCCAGGAAGCCGCCAAGCUCAGCCUCACUCGCGUUGACAUUCUGCUAGAAAAGGCACCAAAUAAGCAGCCUGUGUUAUUCAUCUUCCAACACCCACCCACCCAUGAUACAGAGACCAUCUUUGGUGGAGGAAAUAGACUCUGUGUGUGGAUAGUGCACUUUUAUACUAGCUGACCGUGACGCAAAUACAGUGGCGGUGGAUGACUCGUGUUUAUUUUUGUUACCAUUUGCAUUACGAUGUUGUUUUGUUGAUGUCAGUGAGAAGCAUAUCAAUCUGUAAGCUGAUUUCAUGAAAGGGUGUGUUGGCAGGUGGGGAGGGGCGGGGGGGGGGGGGAUCAAGAGUUGAUUAGAUGUAGCGUGGGAGGGAGGGCGGAGCAUCAGGUAGUGUAUUUAAUGUUGGAAAAAUGUACAGACCGAAAACUGCCUCAAAUGGCGUUACGUUUCUUUUUAUUUUCUCCCCCAGCUCGCUUUCAUGACUGCAACGGUCGAGCUCCGGUUGUAAUCGUUUUUAUUUAAUAUUUAUGUGAACUUCCAAAAAUGAUCAUUUUUAGGGUGUUAUUGCACUUUUUAGUUUCAUUUUAACCAUCUGGGGAUUCAAAAACAAUUAUAUAUAUAUAUGAUAUAGCUCUUUUUACAGGGAAUUUGCUUUAAAAUGAUGUUGUUUUAGUUCACUUUGCUUUAAUGCACAAAUAGUUGUUAGUGUAACAAAAAAUGUUUUGUGAUUUAUUUAAAAAAAAACAAGCUAUUUUGGUUUUUAUUUUGCUUUAUUGAUGGGAAACUUUGGUAACGAAAAUGGGUGUGCCAUAUACAUGGCAUGCUUGCUAGAAACACUAAUAUGGACUGUGAUUUUAAGUUUUAAACUUCAUGGCGAUGCUCUUAUUGUAGUGCUAAAUUAUGAAACUGUCACUCUGGUUUAUAUUGAGCAAAUAUGUACGACUGAGGAGUGGACACACUGGUUAUAAAUGAUCUCCUGAGCUUGGCAUUGGAAAUAAAUAUCCAACAUAUAGGGAAUAAUGAUGUGUGUAGAUGAUUUUCCUCCAGAUAUUGUUUUGAGAAGAAAAAAAGAGGUUGUACAGUAUUUUCCUCUGUAAAAAAAAAAAAAAAAAAUGAACAAAACGCUCUGAGGAAAUUUUAAAAAGAAAACCAUGCGAAGGAAAAAAGUGAAUAAUAAAAAGACGGAUACAAAUAACAUCAUAGUUUGCUUGUGUGUGUGACAUUUCUCAAUUAUGACUGGUUCAGCUUUAUACGAAACAGUUCAUACAGGACAUCAUUGGCUUCCGUUAUUAAGCAUUUUAACAAACAAUGUCAAAGCUCAAACUCACUGAUUAGAAUGUGUCAGGUUUAUUUAACAAUGUGUUUUAUUCAUUUGUCAUUUCUGUGUGUGCUUUGUUUUUUCCCCUCAUUAAUUGAACUUUUUUUUUUUUUUGGUUUCUAUUUGUAGUUUGGUGUGGGCAUGCCUCGUUCACAGACUGUCUCCCGGGAAUCUCUCGCAAAGCAAGAGAUCCUCCUCGAUUUGUUUUGGCAUCUUUUUUUGUUGUUUGUUUUUCCUUUUGCUGACAACUGUAGGAGCUGGGAGACAAUAAUCACUUGAAUUUAGUUUCUACAUGUGCAUAUGUGUGGCUGUAAAAUUGCAGGAUUUGUAAAAAGUUGGAAAUAAAGAAAAUAUAAUUAUAA